AUGGCUCCUGUUUACUCCCGAGUUGUCGGGAACUUCGGAGACCGAUAUGUGUAUGACUGGAUUGAAAGCCUCUCAUCUAGGCUCAGGGAUCGCAUCGGAGCCGAUGAUAUUAUACGGCCCCCUCCACCUCAAAUCCCAACACCUUUUCAUUUGGGAUCUCCUGUUAGCAUCUUUACUUCUGUGAAACCGGCACCUACGUCUUCUUCUUAUCUAGUUCCGAAUGCGUCUAUCAAGACCCCUGUCCCUCCGGUUCUGGGAAAACCUGUGCCUGGUAACCAUGGAUCGAGUGAGCAGCGGCUGGGCUUGGGCAAUUCCGACACGUCUAAAGCGAGUUCUGGGAGUAGUAAAGUCAUUCCCGGUGUUCAGAUGCGGGGGACUUUUACUGAAAAGUAUGAAGGCUCUGAUGUAUCCUUAGUCUUGUUGUCUGAUUUCAAGGAUGCUAUGAAGAUCAAGAAUGUCCUAGAGACCGACACCCCUAUCAAUCCCAGGACACCUGUUGAGACCAAAUCUGCUGUGGAUACCAAAGCAUCUCUUGCGAUUAGGGCUCCUGUCAUAGACAAGUUUACUGUCAUGAUUGGCGUUCCUGCCGAGGCCAAGGAUUCUGUCGAGACAAGGGCUACUACUGAAACUAAGGUACCUGUUGAGACAAAGACUCUCGUCGAGGUUAUCGAGGCGCAGCCUGCUGAGGUACCUGUCAAGAAGAAGAAAGCACGCAAGAAUAGGGGCACACGCGGACAUCUACGAGGAAGGAAGCACCGCAAGAAUCAAGCCGGCAAGGAUCCCGAGCCAGUGCAAGAGAGUCCUGAGCUACUUGAAGCGGACACUGAAUCUACUGAGCAAACUCAAGCUAUUGUCCUCGGGUUAUUACAAGAAAAGAACAUUGAGCCAAUCGGGGAAAAUAGCAUUGGGUUAACCCAACAUGUUGACGCGGUUGUUCCGGAGUUGGUACAAGAGCAGAACCUCGUAUUAGUUGAAGAGACAGGGCCUGAGCCAUUCGAACAAGAAGCCCCUGCACCAGUCAAAGAAAACUGGUUCGUCCCUAUCAUUUCCCGUUCCAGCUCGGCCCCGCCAGAAAUUGGUCGUCAAACUACAAGAGAUGCCGCGUGGGUUGAACAGGAAUCCACAAUCAACCCCUCUCAGUUCAUUUCGACCAACCGACAGCCUCUCACUCCCGCUAAGGAGGCCGAAGCCAAGGCCAGACUAGCGGCCAGGAAGAAGGCAUCGCGCCGUCGGUUCAAAGAUCGAAAAAGGUAUAAGAACCAGCGAGAGAAGAAAAGGUUGGCUCUCAAGAACAGCAGCAAUAUCUCACAAGCCAACAUUUCCGAUCUCGAUUUCUCGUACACUGACAUCUUCUAUAGCUCUUUCGAGGACGCAGCCUUUGUUGAUCCGGCGUCCUCCAACUUCUCCAGUACUAUGUGGCCCUUCAAGGCGGGGAUCCCUGCCGGUGUCCUCCGAUACAACGGUCAGGAUUGGUUCCCUUGUGCCUCGCGGGUGCCAUUGACUGUCGCAAUGACAGUCAACAUGGAAGGUAUGGAGAAGGAGACCCGGACGCAGCGUACCGGUCCCUGUAUCGUGAACACUGAAAAGUGGAGCGUGCGGGCACCGGCUCUCGCCACACAAAGAGCUGUCGAGGAAGAAGCCACUCCUCAAUCUCAUGAGGAGAGUGAGAUGAAUUGGGCUCAGUGGAAAGAGCUAAACCUGUCAGGUUCAGCUCAGUAUCCGAGGGAAGGAAAUCGGGAGCAGAGGGAGCACCAACCCGUUCGGCCUAGCAGAGCAUCCGAGCUCGACCGAGAAAGAAUCUGCGGAUUCUAUGCGGAUUGUUGCAACCACCACCACAACAAAAUAUGUUGUGGCUCCCAGCACCGAUUGACUGGCGAAGGCUGUUGCUGCAUUCAUGAUCGACACUCCUGUUGCCAGUGUGUGGUACAUGGAUGGUAUGAAAGAAAGGAAGACCGCAGUGGGGAUAAGGGCCGUACUGCAGAUGAACAGACUCGGGUCGUUGAAUUAGAUAUGCAUUUGACGAGUCCAUCAACUCUGAAUUUGUCUUGUCGAGCAGAUGUGCCGGGGUCAGAUGAAGCAGACCUGAAGACGUUGCUGGCUGAAUGCGCGCGCCCCCCGUUCUCACUCACACACAAAUACUCGGCCUCACUUCCUGCUCGGUUUUCUCCUUCCCCUGCAUCCACCAAACGUUACCACGCACUCUCCGACGUUGAUAUGUCUCCUCACCGCGCUUACAGUGAUGUCUCCAGGGGCUCGUUCGAUAUGCCCGUAUCGGAGGACCUGAGUCCUUCGGUUGCAUCGCUGUUCGAACUGAGCCGCCGGAUUUCCCAUCAAGCGAGCUCGUCAACCUCGUCUGAUAGAAGCACUGUGAAUCGUCCAAGCAUGCCACAAACUUCCCAGUCUCAGUUCCCUGUCCCUCUAGUGAUCUCUAGCAAUGAUUCAAGCACUUCAAUUUACCCAACUUCCGGAGAGUUGGAGUUCCAUCAACCUCACGCCAGUGGCAGCCUCGCAGAAGAAGCGCUGCGUUCUCCCAGCCUGUACUUUGACGCCAAAUCGAAGCUGACUAUGGAUUCUCAAGAGGUCUCGCGUGAAACAAGUCCUCCAACACAACCUCACUCGGAGCACGCCUUUUCUCACAGGGCCUCCUCUUCUGAGGUCCCAACAUUCAUUGAUACCACUGAUUUGGGACACCUGGGACACCUUCGAGGCCUUUUCAACCAGAGAGAAUUCUCCGACAUUAAGGUCAUCCUCAGCCCGAUGAUGCCGGCCUUGAGCCCCGACAAGAGACUUCCUGCCUCUGAGGUCUUCUACCUCCAUAAGGCCAUCCUCGCUAAAAGUCCUUUCCUGUACGCCAUCAUGAAUGCCAAACGCAUGCGAGACAAUGAAGUAAAUGAGAUCCAUGCUCUCACCGGCAUGGCUUUCAAGAGCUCUCACGCAUUUGCCAUGGCGCUCAAGACUCUUUACGGGUCUCCGAUUGUCACCCCGGACACCCUUCGCGAAGUAACUUUGGCCGGGUUGAAUCUCCCUAGUACCAACGCGACCGGCGAGUAUGAAUUUCCCAUAGCACACGCUCAAGUUGAUUUUGCUCUGUGUUACGCCGCCAGUGGCGCGUUCCUCGCCCGCUCCGACAUCACCGAACGAGGCAUCCAUAUGGCUCUGAACCUCCUUUCCUGGGAAACGGCCGAAUUUAUUCUCCAUUUUGGCAUGGUGGCCUCUUCCUAUGUCGUUACCAGCCCCGAAGUCCCCUUUGGACCUACCAGCACCCGCAGCUCACGCAGCUCUUCUUACUCGGAUACGAACAAUGCGCCAGAGAUCACGCCAGCCAUCAGAAUUGACCAUAUCCACGAGUUCCAGAUCCACUGGGCGGAGACUGUAUUCAAUGCAGCGCUCCAGUUUAUUACCGCCGUCAUUACCCCCGAUUUCGAGCUCUAUGCCGAGGCCGAUCCGACUUACGCACCUAACCGCGUACCCCCGCCACUGUGGACACUGCCAGGCUCCAUGCUCUCCAACAGGCUGCUGGAAAAGAUCCAGUUUGGCAGCAUGCCAUCCCUCGAGCAGCGCCGGCCCACUGAUCCGGCAAUCACCGUGCCCUCCGCCUUCCUCCUAGCCUUGCCAUACGGCGUGUUGGCCGCGGGUGUAGACCUGAUAAAUUCGAACGGCACCCUGCCCACCCUCCUGCUGAUCCGGGUCAUUGAAGAGCGUGAGAAGCGCCGCCUCCAUGCACUACGGAUCCUUGUCGCGUACAAGCGCGAGGUCCCAGCUGAUGCCCUCCACGAGCUGGGGUACCGGGAAUCGGUGAUGGUGGAGCGGGAUGGCGAAGACGAGCGCGCCGUCCUCACUCGGGUCUGGGAUGACCCAGAGGCAUUGCGACCCAGGUGUUAA